AUGAGCAACAACCCCGACAUGAUGGACCGAGAGCUCGCAAUGGCCGAGGUCGACGCCAAGCCCCACUCCUAUAACAGGGGCGAGGAGAAACGCAGAGCAUCGGCUGAGGCCGAGAGGCCUUCGACGUCAGGAACGAGCAUGUCGUCGACGGGCUCCAGUAGCUCAGUCGAAUCCAACCCGAACUUCCACAGGCUGCAGUCGCGAAACACCGAAGUGGAUCUGGAGCGUCGCCGAUCAACAGUCUCCCAGGCACUGAGCCGGAUAGAGACUCAGCGUCUUCAACAUUCGAUGACCGUGGGUGAAAGCGUCAAGUCACGACCAUCCAAGCUCCCGUUGCCAGCAUUCGGUGCCGGCAAACCUUAUCCCCCGCAGCUACCGAAUCGAGACGAUUAUGUCGUAGAGUUCGAUGGCCCGGAUGAUCCUUUGUACCCUCAGAACUGGUCAAUUAAAACCAAAAUUUACAUUAGUGCAAUGCUGGCAUUCACUAGUAUCUGUUCGACCUUUGAUUCGGCUGUUUUCAGCGCUUCAUCGCGAAAUGUUGCCAAAGUCUUUGGCGUUAGCCUCGAAGUCUCAACUUUGUCUAGUUCGCUCUACAUCUGCGGCUACGCUUUUGGCCCAUUGAUUUGGGCUCCUCUGUCUGAGCUGAAAGGUCGCCGCCCUCCGAUCAUCUUUGCCAUGCUGGGCUUCGGCAUCUUCAAUACGGGCGUUGCAGUUGCCAAGGACCUGCAGACGCUGAUGAUCUGCCGUUUCUUCUGCGGCGUCUUCGGCAGUUCGCCGCUGGCCGUUGUGGCUGCUGUUUUCUCGGAUAUCUACAACAACCGUACUCGUGGUAUUGCAAUUGCUUGUUUCUCUACCACUGUUUUUCUGGGUCCCCUCAUUGCUCCGUUCAUUGGGGGUUUCAUCAACAUGUCGUAUUUGGGUUGGCGCUGGACCGCCUAUAUCCCUGCAUUCAUGGGGUAUGCGGCUUUCGUGAUGAACCUUUUCUUCCUGAAGGAGUCUUACCCUCCAGUCGUCCUUGUUGACAAGGCUGCGGAAUUGCGCCGCCGCACCAAGAACUGGGGGAUUCACGCAAAGCAGGAGGAAAUUGAGGUUGACCUAAGGGAUCUGUUGAUCAAUAACUUCUCCCGUCCACUCCGACUGCUGAUUAAUGAGCCGCUUAUUCUAGCGGUGACAGUCUACCUCAGCUUUAUCUAUGGCCUUCUCUACUGUUUCUUGACUGCUUACACCCUCGUCUUCCAAGGAGUCUAUGGUAUGAAUGCUGGAAUUAGUGGUUUACCCCUAUUUGGCAUGGUCGCCGGCCUUUUCAUUGCUGGCACCUACAUCAUCCUUUCGAGCGGAGAAUACAACCGCAAGCUGGAUAAAAAUGGAGGUGUUCCUGUACCUGAAUGGCGCCUUCCACCUGUGAUCGCUGGUGGUGCCCUUUUCGCGGCUGGAAUCUUCUGGUUUGGAUGGACUGGUUUCACCAACAAUGUUCCUUGGAUCGUGCCUACACUGAGUGGCUUAUUCACUGGAUUUGGUCUCUUGAUUAUCUUCAUUCAGCUAUUCAACUACCUGAUUGAUACUUAUCUUAUGUUUGCCGCUUCUGCCAUUGCAGCAAACACAUUCUGCCGUUCUAUGGUAGCAGCAAGCUUCCCACUCUUCUCGCGCCAAAUGUUUGAAAACAUGGGCAUUCAGUGGGCUGCUACACUUCUCGGCUGCCUCGCUGCCUGUCUAGUCCCCAUUCCCGUGGGAUUUUGGUUCUUCGGAAAGAAUCUGAGAAUGAAGAGCAAGUUUGCACCAUUUUUCGAGCCUGCCUGUGAGGCGCAUGCCAGAGACGAGACCGAAGAGAUCGAAGCAGACGGAAACGCUUGA